AAUUUAAAUACUGUUAUAUUUGGGAAAUGGAUAUUUCAUCGUGAGUUAUUUUAAUAAGAAAAAAUAGAUUUUUAAAAAUGCUUUAUCGCUCCUAUAAUUUCUUCAAUUUUAUUCGAUGUAAUAUACAUAGCUGUCAACAAGAACAGUUUUAUUUAUUGCGUAUAGCACUACCAAAAAGGCAUACAACUACUUUUAUAAAACAACAAUUUGUUUAUGUGAUAUCUAACGCUUCAAAGAUUCAUCAUAAUAAAUAUGGUUCAAGGCAACUAUACACAGCAAUCAAAAGAUUGGCUUCAAAUGAUUUGAAAAGCAAGAAUGGAAAAUUAGAAAAGGUUGAUCAAAAUAAAAAAGACAAAACAUUAAAUGAUGAAACUGGACAAACAAUAGUUGAAUUAAAUGAAGAAAAAUUAGGAAAAUUAAAAGAACGUUUAUUAAAUAUUGAAUCAACUGAUCCUAUUGUUAAUAAUAUAAAAAAUUCUUGUAUUAAGUUAUCUCGGAAAGGAAAGACUAAGACAGAUGAAAAAAAUGUAUCAGUCGAAGAAUUAACAGUAAAAAAAUUUCCACCACGGAAAAAAAUAAGAGUAGAUCUAUCAGCAUCAUCUUUAGAAAGAAAUUUUAUAACACCUGCUAGAGCAACAUCUGAUUUUUUGUUGAAACAGUCAGAUUUGGAAUCAUUACCUAAAACAAAAAGAAGAUCACCUUAUGAAUUUGAACCACCUAUCACAGUUUAUUGGAGAAAAGAUGUUGAAGCAAAAGCACUGGAAAUUUGGGGAUCUCAGGAAAUAUUGUAUAAAGAGAUAUGUAAAAAAGACCUUGAAAGGAAGGCUUAUCAACAAACUGUAUUUACUGUUAAGAAAAGACUAAGAGACUACAGGCGAGAGCUUGUAAGUAAAUCAAGAGAACGCGAUGAAGGACUGUUUGGCUCAUCUGGUAAAGUUGUUUUAACAGCUAUUAUAAUAAACGCAAGUAAUUUUCUUUUUAAAUUUUGUGCUUGGUGUUACACUGGCUCCCACAGCAUGUUUUCUGAAUGCAUUCAUUCAGCUGCAGAUACAUUUAAUCAACUGAUAUUAGCAUAUGGAAUAUAUAAAUCUGUUCAAAAUCCAGAUUCAGAUCAUCCAUAUGGUUAUACGAAUAUGAAGUAUGUUUCGUCUCUAAUAUCAGGUGUUGGAAUUUUCUGUGUUGGUACUGGUUUAUCUAUCUAUCAUGGAAUUCAUGGGAUUUUAUACCCGAAUUCAGUGGAAUCAUUUUUUUGGGGAUAUUGCAUAUUAGGGGGUUCGUUAGUCUCUGAAGGAGCAACUUUAUUAGUGGCCAUUAAUUCAAUCAAGAAAGGUGCAAAAGAAAAACGAAAGAGUUUUCGAGAGUAUGUACUAAAUGGACAUGAUCCAUCAGUUAAUGUUGUUUUGAUGGAAGACUUUGCUUCGGUUAUAGGAGUUAGUAUAGCUAGUUGCUGUAUGGGUUUGACAUCAUACACAAGCAAUCCAAAAUAUGAUGCAGUAGGUUCGCUGCUUGUUGGAGGACUUCUCGGUGCUGUAGCUUCAUUUAUUAUUUAUACAAAUGUUGCUGCUUUAGUUGGUCAAAGUAUACCACAAGAAAAUCUAAAUAAGAUUAAUGAUGAAUUAGAGUCUGAUAUUAUGAUAAGAGCAAUUCAUGACGUUAAAGGUAUAGAUAUGGGUAAUAGCCUUGUAAGAUAUAAAGCAGAACUUGAUUUUGAUGGUCGAGAAUUGACCAGAUCUUAUCUAGAUAAAUUGGAUCUUAAUGCAAUGCUUGAAGAAAUAAAAAAACUACAAGAUGUUGAUGAGCUUGAAUCAUUUUUACUUAAACAUGGAGAGAAUAUUGUUGAUUUACUUGGGGGUCAAAUCGAUAGAAUUGAAUUAAAACUGAAGAAAAAAUAUCCAGAAAUUCGACACUGCGAUUUAGAAAUUCUUUAAACAACUUAAAUUUUAAUAAAAUCAAUUGAAUGUAAAUAUUUAUUAUUAAUAUUAUUAU